AUGAAUGGAGCCGUGGAAGCAGCCAACAAAAAUAUUAAGAGGAUAUUGAGAAAAAUGACUGACAAUUAUGAAGGUUGGCACGACCAGUUGCCUUAUGGUUUACUGGGAUACCGUACUACGGCCAGAACUUCAAUAGCGACUCCAUAUCUGUUAGUCUACCAUAUUGAAGCAGUCAUACCUGCUGAAGUUGAGAUACCCUUUUUGAGAAUCAUUCAAGAAGCAGAAUUGGACAAUGCUGAAUGGAUCCGAGCUCGAUAUGAGCAAUUGGCUCUAAUGGAUGAAAAAGGGAUGGUUGCUAUAUGUCACUGUCAACUUUACCGACAAAGUAUGGCAAGGGCCUUCAACAAACGUGUCAGAAGUAGACUUUUCCAAAUUGGGCAAAUGGUGCUCAAAAGAAUUUUCCAACAUCCAGAUGAAUACAAAGGGAAGUUUGCUCCCAACUGGCAAGGCCUUAUGUGGUCUGCAAAGUACUCUCCGAAGGAGCGGUGA